AUGAAGUCGCUGAAUUCUUUGAGUUUGUACCCGAAUGGAUAUUGGGUAGUAAACCUGUUUGUUCUGCUCUGUUAUUGCCAAGAUAUAGAAGAAAGUUGUGACGAGGAGUACAUCAAAAAUAAAGGAUUGCCUGAAGAUUGGCCAUGCGACUGGAACAACGGCACAAUACCAUUUGCAUUCAAUUUCUUUUCUCAAAGUCCAAAACGCUUGAUCGGUCUCGUGAAAAAAGGACAUGACCACUUAGAGAAAAUUUCCUGUCUUAGAUUUAAGGAACACAAUCCAGUGACGCUUGCGCACACGCCGAACAUUACGUAUCUUUAUUACACGUACUCGGGUGUACUGGAGAGUUGCUGUUUGGAACUGUACACGAAAAGUGUGGGACGAAGGUUAGUGCUGAUAACACCCAUGUGCACAGUGGGCUUGGAGGUAGCUCACGUGAUCCUUCACGGUAUGGGAUUAUGGCAUCCCAGACAGCGUCCCUUCGCCGAAGCCCAGGCGAGGCCGGUUCUGUUCCCGACUCAGUGCAAAAACGCCGCGGAGAAGCUCAAAAGUUAUGACCUUGGAAGAAAAUAA